AGGAUGGAAUCUCUGACUCCCUCGUCAAACACAGAUGUGAAUCUGAAGAUAACUUGUAUAGAAUGCCAUGCCGAAUGCUUGGUUGUAGUAUUCCAGGGUCAACGCAAAGUGGAAUGUGAACUUGACUAUUGCAUACUACAAAAUGAAAUACAACGAAUAUUCAAAGUAAAAGAUAAUGUUUACGUUGGUGGACCUUGUUUGGUGAAAGACACAAGAGGAGAAUGGCAUAGAGGAAGAGUUCUGGAAAAGAGAGAAAAUACCUGUCAGGUUUUUCUUAUAGACACUGGUCAAGUGCUAGUAGUUGAGGAAAUGCAUCUUGCUUUUGCUUGUGAUGAAUUGUUUCAGCUGCCUCCAAAGGUGGUUUUGGGUGUUUUUGCAAGCAUACUUCCUCUUGGGGAAAAAUGGCAUCCACAAGCCAUUAAUUAUUUUUCAUCUCUGGUAGGAUUGACGAUUAGAGGUUGUGUGAAAGCUGUUAUACCAUAUGAACUGUUCAUUCUAGAAGUGCCAAAGAUCAUUAGAGAUGUUCUUGAACUGCGAUUAGGAAAAUUUAUUGAUGGAGAUUCAUUUUGCCUUAUUGUAGAAACGUUAAAAGUGUUUCCUCAAGAAACACUUUCUAAAAGAGUACCACAGGUGUUGCAGCAGAAGUGUACAGUUAAGGAGUUGCUUACUUUCAGUAGUUCGGAGAAACCAAUGGAUUUUUGGCCAGUUCUAGAUGAUCUCUUUCCAUGUCUAACUGUUGGCAGUAAGGAAAAUGUAAAAAUAACUGCUGCAGUAAACCCAAAUAAAUUUUACUGUCAGAUACAGAAAUGGCAGAAGGAGUUUGAAGAUUUGACACAAGCUAUGCAUUUGUACUAUGAAGCUACCAGUACAGAAAAUAAUAAAUCUUUUGAUAGCUUAGGGCUAUUCUGUGCUGCCAAAAGGCAGAAUGGACAGUGGAAUAGAGGAGUGAUAAAACGUCUUAUCUCUGACCAUGUGGAAGUCUGGUUUAUGGAUUUUGGCAGUGUUGAAGCCGUGCCAUCUAGCUACGUUCAGAAACUCAAAGUAGAGUUCCUGGCAUUACCAAUGAUUUCAUUUCCAUGUACACUGUCUUGUUGUGGUGGUCAGGAUGAAACAGCAAUAAAAAUUCAGCUGAAAAAACUUACGCAGGCCUUGAUAGAACAAACUUCUGUGUGUGUCCAUGUUGAUUUAUUCAGUGACAUUAAACACUUGUAUUAUAUUACGCUGCAAAAUGGAAAUCUUGGAACUAAUGCUCAGCAUCCAGAAAACCAGGAUGAGGCAGCUGCAUCGUGUGUCUCACUUCUGGAAACAAAAAUAGCAAGUAUUGCUGUGAACCAGAGACCAUGUAAUGAGAGAUACCAUUCAUUUAAGACUUGUACUGAAAAUAAACAGACACAAAAUUGCUUACCUGAACGGGAUAUUUCUUUGUCAAGCUGCUGCAAAACAGUAGAAAUGCAAAUAAAUUCUUUUCAUACUGCUUUUGUGGUACAUGUCAUAAAUCCAUCUGACUUCUGGGUUCAACUGUGUGAAUACCAGGAUGAAUUUAAAGCCUUGAUGAAAGAUAUUGCAGAUACAUACAAUCAGUGUGGAGCUGAUGAAAUGGUCCUUAAAAAGCCAGAACCUGGAUUGCUGUGCUGUGCCCGGUAUAGCAAAGACAGGCAUUAUUAUCGGGGUGUUGUCACUGAAGUGCGUCAUGUAGACAUUACCGUGUAUUUUUUUGAUUUUGGAAACACAGACACAGUACCCUGUUAUGAUGUGAAAAUGUUGCUUCCGGAGUUUUCCAGUUUACCAGCUUUAGCUAUGUGUUGUGCACUUGCUCGUGCAUUUCCUGUUGAUGAUGUGUGGGUUAAAAAGGAAACCAGUUUCUUCAAAAACAUUGUGUGUGACAAACUACUGCUGCUUCAUGUCAUUGGAAAGCAAAACAAGAAGCAUGUUGUUAAUGUGCAGUGUAGGAAUGGUUUGCAGCAAGAUGUUGCCAUGUGUAUGGCUCAAGUUGGAUACGCUGAAUACUGGGAGAAGACACCAGAUUCUGUUCUAAACUCAAGAAAAUGUAAAAAUCUGAAUCCCUGCAAAUUAAUAAAAGUAAACACACAGAGAAUCCGUAAUACUCAUAAAAAUAAGGUAUCCAGAAAUGGAGAGGUAUUUCAGAAGGAAAAAUCAUUAAGUGUGCCUUCAGUGCUGAGAGAAUUUGGUGCACCGUCAUGUUUUGGGAAGGGUGCUAUCCCUAAAAGGUGUAAAUCAAUAUCUGAGGAAAAAUUAUUUUAUAAAGAGUUUGUGUUUGAACCAGGAGCUGUUCUUGAAGUGGUGUGCUCUUACGUUGUUUCCCCAGCAGAUUUUUCAUGUCAGUUGCAAAGCAAACUGCCAGAGCUAAAUAACUUAAUGGAACAAAUUCAGACUUACUAUAGGGAGCAUACCAGUCCCUACAAAACUGGACAGGUUGCUUGUGUUGUUAAAUAUUCUAAAGAUAGGAAAUGGUACAGAGCAAGCGUUGUGCAGCAAGUAUCCACAAAUGAAGUUGAUGUGUUUUUUGUAGACUAUGGUUAUCGGGAAAGAGUUUUACUUCAAGAUCUUCAAGCUGUUCUUCCAGAUUUCCUAACUCUGGAAGGUCAAGCGUUUCGUUGUGGACUUAAAAAUGUACCCUUACAGGUCAACUCAUUUAAUUGGUCUGAAGUGUGUAGACAUUUUGAAGACUUUAUUUCUGCUUCUAGAGGACCACUGACUUGCAUCAUCUGUGCUCUGGUUCUUGUAAGCCCCGGCUGUUUAUGCAAUGUAGUUGACUUACAGACUCCAUUUGUUAGUGCAGAGGAAUUCCUCAGAGAACGUGGUCUCACUCAAUCUGAAUAUAUUGGUCUGAGAAACCUUGCAUCUUUGGGUUCUCUGUACAGUUUUUGCUAUUCAUCCUUUAAUAUACAAACUGGAAGUGAGGAGGAGGUUUAUAUAACUCACAUACAUAGUCCUUCAAAAUUCUAUUGUCAGCUUAAUCGAAACACUGAAACUAUAGAGGAAUUGGCGAAGAAGGUUAGUGUCGUAAGUAAAAUGUCAAAUAUUUCAAAAUAUGAUACCAGCAAUAUGCGAAUAUGUAUAGCCAGAUAUUUUGAAGAUGGUCUAUUUUAUAGAGCUUUGGUUUUUCCUGUGCAAUCAGCUCCCUAUCUAUGUGCUGACUUUGUGGAUUUUGGAAAUAAGAAUAUGGUAGAAAGAGACCAGUUGAUGCCUAUUCCAGAGUCUGCCCCUGACCUAAUGUUCACGCCCAUGCAAGCUAUUAAAUGCUGUCUGUCAGAUGUUAGGGAGACAAAAAUUCCAGCAAGUGUUACUAGAUGGUUUGAGGAAACAUUCCUUGGUAAACUGCUGAAGGCUGUAAUUAUAUCCAGAGAACCAGAUGGGCAGAUUGUUGUGGAGUUAUAUGAUGGACAGCUCAAAGUAAGUCAGAAGAUUAAAGAAAAAAUAUCGGAAGAAUUGGCACCAAGAAAUUAUUUGGAAGAAUUUAGUGGAAGUAAGGGGGAAGUGAUAUGUCACAUGACAAAUAUGUCACAUGACAAAUACAUUAAUAAAGUAACUGUUAAAAAUCCUAAAAGAAUUAAAUCAAAAACUGAAGUGAAAUGCCAAAUAUAUGAUAAGUAUUAUCAGACAGAUGCUGGGCAGAAUUGUGGAGAUGAAGAGCAAAUGGCCCAUAGCACACAAAAGUUGUGUAGUGGGUCCUCAAAAUCGGUGACUUUACAGGACAGUGAAGAAACAGGUUUUAGAAAUACAGUCAGUGCUCUGGAGCACAGAGAGGAACCUGUAUUUGUAGAGCCUCCUUCUCACUCACUCUGUCAUCCUGCUUUAAAUUCAAAGGAAAUAACUGUAAAUGCUCCAUCCAGAUCUCUUAAUGAAAGACUAAACUGUACAGGUCAGCAGGUAAGGAGAAAUGAAAAUAUACCUAAAUUAAUCAGUCUUCCUCAACGUGAUAUUCAGGUGAAUUCUGAAGUAGCAGCAUAUAUUUCUCAUAUGAAUAGUCCAUCAAGCUUCUAUAUUCAGCUUGCAGAAGAUGAAAACCUAAUAAUAAAACUAGCAGAAGAACUAAAUGAAAGCAUGGUGAAUAUAGGUCAUGAAAAUUGCUUAGAUGAGCUCAUGGUAGGUGAUCUCAUUGUUGCAGAGCAUGCUGCUGAUUGUUUUUACUACAGAGCAGUUAUUAAAACUCUGAAAUCAGGAAACUCCUUUGAGGUAGAGUUCAUUGACUAUGGUAAUGUGGAAGUUGUAAGUCCUUCAAAAAUCGGCAGGAUUCAGAAAAAGUUUUUAACUUUGCCAAGGCUAAGUGUUCAUUGUUUCCUUAGAGGAGUAAAAAGUAGUCGUGAUGAAACCUGGAUUAAAAAAAGUACUUCCUAUUUUGUAAGCAGAACAAAUAACAAGCUAGUUACUUGCAAGUUCUUGCAGCAACAUGGAGAACAAUGGGAAAUAGGUGUAAUUUGGGAUGGAAAGUCUAUGUCUAAUAAUCUGCAGGAAAAAGGCAGGACAAGGUGGCAAAACACACCAAUGCAUAAUUGGGAAAAUAAGCCAAAACAAACUCUGGUUACAAAUGGUAAUCCUCAAGUCAGAGAAUCUAGGAAUGGUUUAGGAAUUGGUGAAAGUAAAGCUAAGGCUAGUGGGAUGAAAAAUACUUCCAAAACACCCUUAAAUCUCCUUCCUCAAGAUCUAAAUUCUGGACAGGUAGAAGGAGUAGAAAUAAUUCAUAUUUCAGAAACUGGAGAAUUUCAUGUACAGUUGCUUAGGAACUUGCAAAUAUUACAUGAAUUAAAUGUAAUGCUUGUCAGAGAAGCACGAAGAAGUGAUUUGCUUGGAGUGGAUGACAUUGAAGAAGGAUUGGAAUGCAUGACAAAAUCUGAAAGGAACUUGAAGUGGUAUCGAUCAAAAGUGAUAAAGAAAUUUGUCAGGGAGAAGUUAAUGCUAGUUCUUUUUGUGGAUUAUGGCAAGUGUGAGAUGGUGUCUUUAAAUAAUGCAAAGAUGAUUAGUGACAAUAUUAAAAGUAUUCCUAAACAAGCUGUGUCUUGUAAAUGGGUUUGGUUUAAAGAACUGAGGAAAAUUCAGUUUGUCCAUGUAGUAAAUACACUCCUGGAUCAUGAAGUAAGGAUCUUGUUUUUGAGAUACAUGGAAUCCUCUCAUAUCUGGGAGGUAGAUAUUAUAAUAGGGGAAAUACUGCUUCAAGAGUAUUUGAACCAGCUCUUAAGUCAUGGUCAGACUAGCAGACCAGAAGAAUGCAGUAAUACAGACUGUAAGGAGUUUGAUACAUCAGUCAAGAUAAAUUCAGUCACAUGGAUGCUGCUGAAGAGCGGCAGAAGGUAUUCUGGCUUUGCAACUGCAGUUACUGAUCCUUCAAAUUUCUUCAUCCAGUUUGAAAUCUUAUUUGAUUGCAUGCAAAACUUGUCUUUGCUGCUCUCUGACCUUCCUGAGAACUUGCCAGCUUUGCCAGAAGAAGUUGUGGCUCCUGGUGCUAGCUGCUUGAUCAAGUUUGGACUGGAAGCACACUGGAACAGGGCAGAAAUUAGUGAAGUAACAAGUCAGUCUGUUGUUCUUACAUUUAUUGAUUAUGGCUUUUUGAAGAGCAUCCCUUACUCUGAUAUCCAUAAACUUAAAGUUAUUCCAGAAAGUCUGUCUGUCUUACCACGCUUGGCAUACCCUUGCUCUUUACAUGAUACAGUUCCUGACAAGGCGGAAUAUUGGAGUGAUGAAGCUAAACGUCUGUUUCAGACAUUUAUUACUAAACCUGAUCUGGUAUUUCAUUUUAAACACUAUGGAUCUGAAAUGAAAUUGGAGGUGGAUGUUCUGUGUGAGGGCUACAGUCUAGCUCGUGCCUUAAUUGCUGCUGGCCACGCAGUCUACUCCAGAAGUAGGUGCUGCCUUAUUUCAGAAGUAUCAGAACCAUUAGGUUAA